GAUGGAGUGAUUUGGGUGAGGGAUUUCGUCUACUGGCAGCCUUUGAUGUGCGCUGGCAAUAAUGAGCAGCUCGUCCAUAUGUACCUCAAAAAAAAAAAAACCAAAAAAAACUCCAACAGCUUUCAGUUUUUAAAGUCGGAUUUCAACACGAGCAGCGAAAGUGGGCUGGUGAGAGCGGGUCGCGUUUACAGCAGGAGGAGGAGGAGUGUGACUGUGUAAUUAAACGAAAAAAAAAAAUCUCUUGAACCCGAUUUGUAGUGCCUCGGCAUGCAUGCAACAGAGGGUGUAGCCGCUCGAUUUCAUAUCAACUUUUGAAAAGUAAAUACUGUACUUGGAAACCGACGUCCUCAACGGUUCACCUCGGGCGUUUAGCGCCCAGCCACUCGCGCAUUCGCAGCGAUUCAGGGGGCUUUACACGAAUGUUUUGAAGGAAUGUGCCUGGAGUCGUUGUGGAUUUUUAACCUCACUCCUUCCUUGGAUUCUUUUUUGGAUUAUCCGAACCACAGUCGGUAAAGGAGGUCGAACAAAUCCGCAUAGCAGGAUUUAAACAACACCUCGUUCGUCUGCUUUUGUAAACUUUACUUCUUUGGAAAAUCUGGGAUUAUGUUGCCAGAUUUUAAGAGGCCUUAAUUUCUGUUCACGCCUGCUCAUCUAAGGAACAGGAAGAUGAACCGAUAAAGACAGCAGCACCUGAGUGGGGUCUUUCCUGGCGGUUGAAGUGCUUAAUUUCUCCACCUAAAAAGGACGUUAUGUAUUCUCCUAUUUGUCUGACCCAGGAUGAAUUUCAUCCUUUCAUUGAGGCACUUCUUCCACAUGUCCGUGCAAUUGCCUAUACCUGGUUUAACCUCCAAGCUCGAAAGCGCAAGUACUUUAAGAAGCAUGAAAAGCGGAUGUCAAAGGAUGAGGAGAGAGCGGUAAAGGACGAGCUGCUUAGCGAAAAGCCAGAGAUCAAGCAGAAGUGGGCAUCCAGGCUACUUGCCAAGCUCCGAAAAGACAUCCGCCAAGAGUACCGGGAGGAUUUUGUGCUUAGUGUUACCGGGAAGAAACAUCCUUGCUGUGUGCUCUCCAACCCUGACCAGAAAGGAAAGAUCCGGAGGAUCGACUGUCUCAGACAGGCAGACAAAGUCUGGCGCCUUGAUCUGGUCAUGGUGAUCCUCUUCAAGGGCAUUCCUUUGGAAAGUACAGAUGGAGAGAGGCUGGUGAAAUCCCCACAUUGCACAAACCCAGCACUUUGUGUCCAGCCUCAUCAUAUCACAGUAUCGGUGAAGGAGCUGGACUUGUUUCUGGCCUACUAUGUCCAGGACCCAGAUUCCCAGCAAUCUGAAAGCCCGAGUAACAACGAGCCUGGCAAGAGUCCUCCAGGUUACUUGGAGGACAGUUUUAUAAAAUCGGGAGUCUUCAGUGUUUCGGAGCUGGUGAGAGUGUCCAGAACGCCCAUAACCCAAGGAAGUGGGGUGAACUUCCCCAUCAGUGAGCUGCAGGCCCAGCCGUACUACCACGACUUGAACCCUAGUGUUGGCCUCCACAGAUCCUUGUCGUCUCCUCCUGGCAACAAACGGCCCAAGACCAUCUCGUUAGAGGACAGCAUGGAGACCAGCCCAUCGGGAGACUUCUACUCCUCUCCCAGCUCCCCAGCAAGCGGAAGCAGGACAUGGCAUGAAAGAGAUCAAGGGGACAUGUCCUCUCCUACGAUGAAGAAACCUGAGAAGCCAUUAUUCAGCCCCACGUCACCACAGGAGAAUUCCCCAGGACCGACCUUCUCUCAGCAUCAUCACCUGGGAAUCCGAGUCGGCCAUAGUGUUAUUUCUACCAGAAGCCCAUCACCGCUGCAGUUUCCAGCACAGGCAAUCCUGCCACCGCCUGCCUCACCAUACUUUUCUCAUCCCACCAUACGAUACCCGCCGCACCUAAACCCUCAGGACGCCCUGAAGAAUUACGUACCAUCGUAUGACCCGUCCAGCCCACAGACCAGUCAGCCUAACAACAGUGGGCAGGUGGUGGGGAAAGUGCCCAGUCACUUCACCCCGGUGUUAGCGCCAUCCCCUCACCAUGGCACAGUACGGCCGGUCACCUUGACCAUGCCAGACACAAAGCCCAUAACAACUUCAGCAGAAGGCGAAGCGGCCUCGCCCACCACAGCCACUUACACAGCCCCGGGCACCCCAACGCCAAACCGCUUUGCAGGACUGGGCACACGAGAGCCAGCAUUUCUACACCAGCAGCAGCUGAGGAUUUGUGACUGGACCAUGAAUCAAAACAGCAGGCAUUUAUACUCCAGUGCCAGUGAGGAUACUUUGGGGAUUACUUGGCAAAGUCCUGGUACCUGGGCGAGCUUAGUUCCAUUCCAAGUGUCGAACGGGACUCCGAUUCUGCCAACAAAUGUCCAGAAUUACAGCAUAAACAUCAUUGGUGAGCCUUUCCUUCAAGCAGAGACGAGUAACUGAUGGCAGCCCAGCAAGAAAGCCGAAGCAGAGGAAAGUUGAACAAUACAAAGCAACUCCUGUCCAUUGUCUUCAUGGGAGGACCCCUGUCAGAGCCCUGGGGGGGUUUGCAAAAACAA